AUGUACGCUCUUGUUUCAGGAGCAAUAAAAGCCGCCGUCGCGCAUCGAGGAGGCCCUUUUGUACCCGUCAGUGACAGGUCCAUGUCUGCUCCUUACAAGGCUCCUGGUGCCAAGGGCGAUGAGGGUGACGCUCCCCGCGUUCACCGCAUCCGCAUCACCCUCACCUCCAAGAACGUCGCUAACCUCGAGAAGGUGUGCGCGGAUCUCAUCCGCGGCGCCAAGGAGAAGCGCCUCAAGGUGAAGGGCCCCGUGCGCAUGCCCACCAAGGUUCUCAGGCUCACCGUCCGCAAGUCGCCUUGCGGUGAAGGUACCAACACCUGGGACAGGUUCCAGAUGCGCAUCCACAAGCGCCUCAUCGACCUCCACUCCCCCGCCGACGUCGUCAAGCAGAUCACCUCCAUCUCCAUCGAGCCCGGUGUCGAGGUUGAGGUGACCAUCGUCGACGCCUAAGCGCCCGAGAGUCGGAGACGAAGGCGAGGGGCGCCCGUCGCCGCCGACGGGAACCUCGCGCCCACCCGAUCGAGACCGCGGAUUGACGCGCGUUUGUUCGAAUAGACUCGUUUGUUCGUUUUAAUACCACCGAAAGCGCGCGUCGGAGCUAUGAUACA